GCAGCCCACCUGCCUCCGCCAGCUGUAACGAAGAACCUAAGAGGCGGAAGCGUCAUCCAACGCCGUGAGGACCGCCUUAGAAUGAAGUCUCCCUAAAACCUGGGACGGGUGAGACAAGUAAGCGUUUGAGGAGAAAAGAUUGAUAUAUGUACUAAUUUUUUACUAGUAUUUAUGCCCUGUCCUUCAAGCAACUAUCUCCAACAUGCAUUGGCUUCCAUAUUUACAAAAAAUCUGCAAUCAAUUUACUUUGCAUACUUUAAUUCAUUCUAGCCCAAAUUGCUUAGGUAUGUCAGUAAAAUACAUACAUUCUUCAUUAGCAAGUACAUGUGAAGCUGAAGAAAAAUUGCAUUUCAGUAUUGAUGAAAACUUACAAGAUGGAAUAAACAGUGAAGAUAGUCAACAAUUACAUAAUCCAGUUAUGGUUGAAGAAGUUGUUGAAUUUUUAGCACCUCAAAAAGGACAGCAUAUUCUUGACAUGACAUUUGGAGCAGGAGGUCACACAAAAGCAAUUUUACGAAAGGCAAAGGACAUUAAAAUAUAUGCACUCGACAGAGACCCCACAGCUUAUGAAUUAGCUCAGCAUCUUUCUGAAUCUUACCCGCAACAAAUACAGCCUCUUCUAGGAUUGUUUAGUCAAGCAGAAGCCUUAUUAACAUCUUCUGGAAUAGAGCCAGCGAGUUUAGAUGGUGUUGUUUUGGAUGCCGGUUGCUCUUCUUUGCAGUUUGAUACUCCAGAAAGAGGUUUUUCCUUAAAAAAGGAUGGCCCAUUGGACAUGAGGAUGGAUGGUGACAGGUGUCCUGACACGCCCACUGCUGCUGAUGUUGUGAAUGCUUUAGAUCAACAGGCACUUGCGUCCAUCCUGAAAACAUAUGGGGAAGAGAAGCAUGCCAAGAAAAUAGCUUCAACAAUUGUUCAGGCACGUAGCAUCUAUUCCAUCAUCAGAACUCGGCAGCUUGCCAGCAUUAUUGCAGGUGCUUUUCCAGAAACAAUUUUAUACGCUCGAAAAGACAAGCUUUCAAGACCAGCACAUAUAGCUACCAAAACUUUUCAAGCCUUGCGUAUAUUUGUCAACAAUGAGCUACAUGAACUCUAUGAAGGUUUAAAGGCAGCUGAACAUUUCCUAAAACCUGGGGGAAGACUUGUAGCAAUUACUUUUCAUUCUUUAGAAGAUCGUAUCGUCAAACGAUUUCUGCAUGGGAUAGAUAUUUCAGAAAAGUUCAAUCUCAGUGUAAAGCAUAAGAUCAAGAGAGCAAGAAGGGAUUUGUUAGAAGAGGAGGAAUUGUUCAGUGUAAAUUGUGGUUCAAAAUGGAAACCUAUAGAGAGGAAAGUGCUCACUCCCCAGGCUAUGGAAAUUAAAAAUAAUCCCAGAGGACGCUCAGCAAAGCUAAGAGGAGCUAUCAAGUUAUGAUCUUGAUAGCUGAAUUUAUGAAUUUAAGGAUGCAGUUAAAUGUGUUUUACAUUGAUACAGGAAAAUAGGGUUCACAUGUGCAGGUUGAGGAAGUAAAUCUUUUUAGUUUUCUUAUUUGAAUAAAAGACAUCUUACUGCAGGAGUAUUCCCAAAUAUACUGUAUACAAAUAUAAGUGGGUAAUAAGAUACGCUGACUUUUCCAUCAAAAAGGCAGCUGCCUGCCAAAUAAACAGUAUAGAAAUAGAUGGAUAGUCAAAAUCAAAAUUUUGCAUUAAAAUAAUACCUUUAUUCCCAUACAAAAUAUUUCUUAUAUUUUUCUUGUUUUGUUUUGUUUUUAAAAAAACUAUAUAAUCCAAACACAACACAGAUUAGUACAAAUCAAGACAGAUCUUGUUCUUGAUAAAAAGUUGGCUUGUUUCACAAAACCACAAAGACCUGUUGUCAUGUUCACUGUUUCAGUGUAUAGUAUACAUCGUAACAUUUCACAUGCCAUGGCGCUGAUGCGUGUUUCUGUUUGGGAGGAAGCUGCUGUGAAACGUUGUACCAAGCUCUGUAUCUGUGUUCAUUACAAUGGAAUGUGUUUGAGUUAUGUUCUCUGUUCAAGGCCUUUUCCCGCAGACCAUCAGAAACCGUUAGGAGCACCUGGGAUUGUGAACUUGGGAAGAUUCUAUGGGGGGAGG